AUGGUAUCGGUCUUCAACCUGGAUGGUGUUAAACAUCACGUUCGGACCUGCAUUCCUGAAGCCAAACAUAAAAAAACCUUCUAUUGUCUGAGUUCGGAAGAUCUGCGUAACACUCACUGCUGCUACUCUGAUUUUUGCAACAAAAUUGAUUUGAUGGUUCCCAGUGGACACCUGAAAGAUAACGAACCCCCAUCGAGCUGGGGUCCCGUGGAGCUGGUGGCAGUGAUUGUUGGGCCCGUGUUCCUUGUGUUUGUCGUCAUGAUUGUCGUAGUCUUCGUUUGUCAUCACCACCAACGAGUCUAUCACAAUCGUCAGCGGCUGGACAUGGAAGACCCCUCUUGCGAAAUGUGCCUGUCAAAGGAUAAGACCUUGCAAGAUCUCGUCUACGAUCUCUCCACCUCUGGCUCUGGCUCAGGUUUGCCGCUUUUUGUCCAGCGGACUGUGGCUCGGACGAUUGUCCUGCAGGAGAUCAUUGGGAAAGGCCGCUUUGGGGAAGUGUGGCGUGGCCGGUGGCGCGGCGGUGACGUCGCUGUGAAAAUCUUCUCUUCGCGUGAGGAACGUUCCUGGUUUAGGGAAGCGGAAAUCUAUCAAACCGUUAUGUUGCGACAUGAGAACAUCCUGGGGUUUAUUGCUGCGGAUAACAAAGAUAACGGGACGUGGACUCAACUGUGGCUCGUCUCCGAUUACCAUGAGCACGGAUCUCUCUUUGACUACCUGAAUCGAUACACGGUGACCAUCGAGGGGAUGAUCAAGCUCGCCCUGUCUGCCGCUAGCGGGCUGGCCCAUCUGCACAUGGAGAUUGUGGGUACUCAGGGGAAGCCUGGGAUUGCUCACAGAGACUUGAAAUCCAAGAACAUCUUGGUGAAGAAGAAUGGCACGUGCGCCAUUGCCGACCUCGGCCUGGCCGUCCGGCACGAUUCAGUUACGGAUACGAUUGAUAUUGCACCGAACCAAAGGGUCGGAACCAAACGAUACAUGGCCCCUGAAGUCUUGGAUGAAACCAUUAACAUGAAGCAUUUUGAUUCCUUUAAAUGUGCCGAUAUCUAUGCCUUGGGCUUGGUCUACUGGGAGAUUGCUCGAAGGUGCAACGCAGGAGGUAUCCAUGAAGAGUAUCAGCUUCCGUACUACGACCUUGUACCCUCUGAUCCUUCUAUUGAGGAGAUGCGGAAGGUUGUGUGCGAUCAGAAAUUACGGCCUAAUAUCCCCAACUGGUGGCAGAGCUACGAGGCGCUACGGGUGAUGGGUAAGAUGAUGCGAGAGUGCUGGUACGCCAACGGAGCGGCUCGCCUCACCGCCCUCCGCAUUAAGAAAACCCUCUCACAGCUCAGUGUCCAGGAAGAUGUGAAAAUCUAG